AUGACUAGAAGAAAUUUGAAGAUAACAGGAACCAUAAGAGAAAAUCGCACGUCAAAAUGUCCACUGGCAAAUAAAUCCCAGUUCAAGAAAAAAAGUAGAGGUUUUAUUGAAUACAAAACUAACGAAGAAAGCACUGUAGUUGUUAAAUGGCAUGACAAUAACGUUGUCACUUUAGCAUCCAAUGCCUUGCCUGUUCACCCUACUCAUUCAGUUAGUCGUUAUUCUCUCAAAGAAAAAAAGAAAAUUAAGGUAGACCAACCUCAUAAUAUAUUUACUUAUAACAAAUAUAUGGGAGGCGUUGACAGGGCAGAUCAAAAUAUAAGUCUCUACAGAAUAGGUUUGAGAGGAAAGAAGUGGUACAUUCCUCUUAUAUUUCACAUGUUAGAUCUUGCGGUUCAAAAUGCAUGGCAACUUCACAAGGAACAAAAUGGAAAACUGGAUCAUCUAGGAUUUCGAAGGAGAAUAGUCAUGACCAUUUUAGAAGGAAACCAACGAAAAUUUGCGAAGAGAUCGAAGUUGUCACAAUCACAUAACUGUGAGAUGAGAUAUGAUCGUAUUGAUCACUUAAUUGUGACACAAGGGAAGCAAACCAGGUGUCGCAUGUGCCACAAAAAAGUCUCCACCAAGUGUGAGAAGUGUGAUGCUGCAUUACAUGUUGUAUGUUUUAAGCCUUACCAUGUGAAAGAAAUCUAA